CACAACACUUCCCUUUGGAGCUCCAGAACAUACAGGGUAAAGGACGUGACCUACUUUAUUCACAUUUGGGGAAAUAGAAUGGAGAAGAAAACAAUUCUAGAAGAACUUCUUUUAAAGAAGUCACAACAGAAGAAAAAAAUUUCACCAACUAAUUACAAGAAAAGGUUGUUUGUUCUGACGAAAGCAAGCCUUUCUUACUAUGAAUAUGACAAAGGGAAAAAAGGAAGCAAAAAGGGGUCAAUUGAGAUUGAGAAAAUCCGAUGUGUCGAGACAGUGAAUCUUGAGGAAUCAACACCUCCUGCAAGACAAUAUCCUUUUCAGAUUGUGUACAAGGGCGGCCUGCUCUACGUCUAUGCAGCUAAUGAAGAGAGCCGGGAGCGGUGGCUUGCAGCUUUGCAUAAAGAAAUUAAAGACAAUUCUGAUUUACUAAACAAGUACCACAAAGGAUUCUUCAUCAAUGGGAAGUUUCUCUGUUGCAACCAGACCUGCAAAGCAGCCCCUGGAUGUACGAUUUGGGAGAAAUAUGUGACUCUGUGUUGCACAACUGGGUCUGUGAAACCACUACCUCCAGUUCCUCAAACGACGCAGAAGCGUAGAAGCCUCCCUCAGGGGCUAUCACCAGACAAGUCAGUCCUGAAUGUGGCUGUGGCCCAAUGCAACUAUGAACCAGAAGGAAAUUCAGGUCUCCAGCUUGUCAGAAGCAGUAAAUACUAUGUAUUGCAAGAAGAAGAUUCUGACUGGUGGAAAGUAAGGGAUUUGGAAGGGAAUGAAGGUUUCGUACCGAGCACUUACUUGAGAAAGUUAUCUCUGAAUGAUGAUGAGCCAAGGGAAAACUCCAGUGUCAGUGAACAGACAUUGGCAGAAGAGCAGAGUAUUGCUAAGCAUGAUUGGUAUGCUGGUAAUAUCUCCCGUGCCCAGUCUGAGCAGCUGCUCCGUCAGAAGGGGAAAGAAGGUGCUUUUAUGGUUCGGAAAUCUAGCCAAGCAGGAAUGUAUACUGUGUCUGUAUUCAGCAAGGUUCCUGAAAGUAAAAAAGGAACAGUCAAACAUUACCAUGUGCACAAAACCCCUGAGAACAAAUAUUACCUCGUUGAAAAUUACUAUUUUGAUUCCAUUCCCAAGCUUAUACACUACCAUCAGCACAACUCAGCCGGUAUGGUGACAAGGCUUCGGCAUGCAGUGUCAACACAAGUAAAUAAAGUCCCAUCCACAGCUUCAUUAGGAAAUGGAAUCUGGGAGCUGAAACGAGAAGAAAUUGUCCUGUUGAGAGAUCUAGGGAGUGGUCAGUUUGGAGUGGUCCACCUGGGAAAGUGGAAGGGACAAUAUGAUGUGGCUGUAAAGAUGAUUAAAGAGGGAGCAAUGUCAGAAGAUGAAUUCAUAGAAGAAGCUCAGACCAUGAUGAAAAUUAAUCAUCCCAAACUCGUUAGACUGUACGGUGUAUGCUCAAAAUCAUAUCCCAUCUAUAUAGUGACGGAAUACAUGCCUAAUGGCUGUUUGCUUAGCUACUUAAGGAGUCAUGGGAAGGAACUACAAUCCCUUCAGCUUCUGGAAAUAUGUUAUGAUGUUUGUGAUGCUAUGGCAUUUCUGGAGAGCUGUCAGUUCAUACAUAGAGAUUUGGCUGCUAGGAACUGUUUGGUUGACAGUAACCUUACUGUGAAAGUAUCUGACUUUGGGAUGACUAGAUAUGUUCUGGAUGACCUGUAUAUAAGUUCACUAGGAACCAAGUUUCCAGUGAAGUGGUCAGCACCGGAAGUUUUUCAUUACACCAAAUUUAGCAGCAAGUCAGAUGUAUGGGCCUUUGGUAUCUUAAUGUGGGAGGUGUUCACUUUGGGAAAGCAGCCCUAUGAGCUUUAUGAUAACAUGCAGGUGAUUGAGAAAGUUUCUCAAGGAUACAGACUUUAUAGACCACAACUGGUUUCAGACAUCAUCUACCAGAUAAUGUACAACUGCUGGCAUGAGCUACCAGAAAAGCGCCCUGCCUUUUAUCAGCUCUUAUCAUUUUUUGAGGCACUGAGAGAAGACAACAGAGCUUGAAAAAGAAGAUUCAGAAACACAUGACUGUGCACAGCAGUUGCGUAUCUCCUGUCUUCUGUACGAGAGCUAAAUCUGAAAUCUGCCUGACAUCAGCCACCCCUACUAUUCUGUAUAUUAGUCUUCUCAUUUAAUCAGGGAGUUGACCAAGAAGGGUACGGAGAAAGCUUUUGUGACACUCUGUGGGUGACAGAAUUUGGAAGGAUACUGUGGAAGAUUGUAAUUCAUUUUGUUAGCAUUAUCACAAAGGACUUCUCAGACGUUGAGAUAUUUAUACCAAUUGUGUGCACUCCUCCAGUGCUACCAAGCUGUCAUUAUUUGGCCUUAACUGGAAAUGUAAACAAGGAAAUACAUGCCUGUUAGGUUUUCUCAUUAUCAUAACUCAUCUUAAUGUGUUUUUUCUUUGUAAUCACUUGAAGCUGAUGCCUGAAGUCAAAUUUAGAACUGUUGUAAGUGACAGAAACAUAAAUAGUUAUAGUCUCGCUUUCAAUUACUUAGAAAUUAUUACUGGUAAAAUAUUAUAUCAGUUAGCUUACCAGUACUAUUGACUUUAGUUUCAGCCCUCAGGGUGUACAUUUG